CACUUCCCAGCUGGAGCUGAUGAAAGGCAGAGGGGAGGGCUGGACCCAGCACACCCCUCUCCCCCGGCUCAGCGCUGAGUCUCUGCAGUACCAGAGCUCUCUUGGAUAAAGCAUGUGUGGUACGGACUGGAGCCUACAACUCUAGCAGCUGUCACUAUGUAGAUCCUCAGGAGAAAUGAGCCCGGCCAGAACAGGGAGACCGAGCAGUUCAUUGAAAAGGCUCGUUUGCACCUCGUUUCUCAGGGCUUGGGGCAGGAGGCGCCCAAACCUCAGGAGGGCAGUAUUGCUGAUCUGCACUGCCAGUGCCAUCUAUGGGCUUCUCACAGCCAGCCAGGUGCUCAGCGGUUCGGCCCACGGGAAAGCUUUAGGAAAAGUUCCUCAGAAAGUUCUGACAGAUGCUGCCAUCAGACUGCCCGGGACCGCACUGGAGGGGAACACUUUCUACAUGGAGAACGUUCAGCCACAAGGGGGCGCCACAAGCAACUCUCCCAUAACGCUGCAGCCAAACGUAGUCUACAUCACCCUGAAAACCAAACGAAUCAAGCCGGCCAAUAUUAGGGGCACAGUAAGACCCAAAAAGAGGAGAAAAUAUGUUGCCCGGCCAGGUGUCCUACAGGACCUAGAAAGUAAAAAGGAAGAGUUAUGGAGGGAUGGGAGCAAAAUUCCCAAUACCCUCCACAGAACUCAAGCCCAAAUUUCGAUCCAGAGUAUAGGUGGGCACAGGGGAGGCAGAGGGGCUUAUCAGAGCAAUAUUAGGAUAUACAGUAAUAGUGCGCCCCCAUGGUUCACUCAGGAAGAUAUCGGUGCCAUGCGAUUCCUAGCAGACUCCAGUAUCAGCCACAUCAAGCAGGUGCUUUCCGGCCAAGCCAACCUUCUCCUAUUUGAAAGCGACCAAAGCCCUCUCAGGAAAAUGCCAGUCCCCCCAGUUGGUAGCAGUGCCUGCCAGGGUCGGUGCGGUGUCAUUAAGCGACCUCUGGACAUGAGCGAAGUGUUUGCCUUCCAUUUGGAUCGGGUCCUGGGACUUAACCGGACGCUGCCAUCUGUCAGCAGAACCCUGGAGUUCGUUCAAGAUGGGCAGCCAUGUCCUGUUAUUUUAUGGGACCCAUCACUUCUGCCUACAGAUAACAAAACCCAGUCUUCUGUCAAGCUGAAAUGGGCCACAUACCAAGAGAUGCUGAGGCAUAAAUGCUGGCUGAAUGGCAAAGCACCAAAAGCUGAACUGGGCUGUACAGAAAUCCAUCACCAAGAAUGGUGCAAGAUGGCACUUUUUGAUUUUCUUCUACAAGUUUACACUCGACUUGACAGACACUGCUGUGGCUUCAAACCUCGAAAAGAGGAUUCAUGUGCACAGGAAGGAUUAUACUUGAAGUGUAAUAAUCCAGAGAGCAUUGAUCUGACACAUAUCAUUCAGAGAAGGCAAGAUCCAAGGAGCCUGGUCUUCAUUGAUAACAAAGGAUUUUUUGACAGAAGUGAAGAAAACCUGGAUUUUAAGUUGUUGGAUGGAAUAAAAGAAUUUCCAGAAACUGCAGUUUCAGUGCUAAAAAGCCACCGGCUACGUGAAAAGCUACUUCAGUCUUUUUUCUUGGACAAGGUCUAUUGGGAGAGUCAAGGAGGACGUCAGGGAAUUGAAAAGCUUAUUGAUGUCAUUGAAAGAAGGGCACAAAUCCUUUUGACUUACAUUAAUGCCCAUGGAAUUAAAGUCAUUCCAAUGAAUGAUUAAAAUGCAUUGCCCACUGAACAUGAUUUAGAACGGGGAAUUGCAUUAGGUGAACCUGAAAUAGCACUAAACAUCAUUUCAAAAAUUGUUCAAAGAUGUGUAAUAUAUUGUGUUACAAUUGGGGCAGUUUAGGAAUACUGCUCCCAACAUAUCCAGAUUGCACUAUUUUUGAAUGUGUCAUUUGUUUUUGUUUGGAUUUUUACCAUGAUAUCUAGUAAGAUUAAUGCUGGAAAUAUUCUUUUUUUAUUCUUUAGAAAAAUAAGUUAUAUUGAGAGUAUUUUUGAAAAAAACUUUAUUGAAGCAGCAUUUUAUAAUAUGAGUUUAGUAAUGCAGGGACAUGCACUAUCGCUGAUAGAACAAAAAAGCCCAGAUCACAUGCCUCGUUUUUGCAAUAGUGUGCCACAUAGUAUGACGUAGCAUGCCGUAUUUAAACAUCACAAGGUGCAUGUGAUACGCAUAGAGUAUAUAUUUAUACACAAUAACAAUAUGCAGUACUAAAAAGGUCCCUAAUUACGGUCUACUGUCAAGUAUAAAAUAGCAGUAUUCCAAAGAUAGAGUUUCAUUUUGACAUACACGUUAAAAGCCUAUACAUACAUACAUCACGUGUUUUUAUAUGUAUAUAGAAGCACCUUCUUGGAAGACCUGUUCUCUUUAGGGUGCACAUUCUCACGCUGCCAAAUAUUCACAAUUCAUUAUUUACAAAUAUGCUAAAAAUACAAUUGAAUUAUUAAUUUAAAUGUGCAUUGCAUUUAGUUUUCUAGUAUAUUUUUUAUGCAUUGGACCAAAAUAUAUUCUGUACUGGAUGCUUGUUUCCUGUUUUCUCAGACAUCCCACAUGUUUUUAAGGUUAAACUUAUUAAGAGUACAAUUCAGAUUUUUUCUGAAAUGGCAUUUCAUGACAUGAAUUAUGCAUUGAAAAUGUAUAGUAUUUGUCAUUGGCUCACAUCCUUUCUUUAUUCUUAUAUUUAAUCUAUCCUAGAUAGAUUGAGGAUUCUACAAUUAAAUCAAGCGGGACAGCACUGUUA